CACAAGGCAGCAAUGGAUAACAGAGUCCAGUCUGACCCUGGGAUGGCCUGGAUUCACACACUGUUGCUGGACUCCAUCCAGCAUACACAUUAGGCUGCUAACGCCACUGAGUCCUCAUGUGCCCGUUCAGCGAUGCUCCCCGGGUAUGGGUUCUCACCUUUGCCUGACUUCCAGCCUCACCUUCAUGCCAUUCGCUGCCCAGGAGAAACCCCCAGCAUGUGGAUCCCGGGCGGCUCGGCAGAGUCCCAGAGUCUGAGUGAAUCCACCGAGGACAGACGCCUCAUCCACAUGUGUCACCACAAGCACGUUGCUGUGUGCCAGCAGGAAACGCUGGCUUUUUUUGAGCUACAGCCAACAGCGACUCACAAAUUAAAUGGUUUUGGCUCCUCGAGGCCGGCCAUUAUACCGCACGCACAGUGCACAACACACUCGCAGCAUCUGAAUGGUUGCAGACAGACGCUAAACGAACAGAAUGACACACGCAGCAGAGGCCGCAGGACAGACAGCGAGCGUGGAACAAAUCUGAAUUCGAACUCUCCCACACUCGCCGCAGGUGACGGCGAGCUUGAAUGCCAAAAUGGCAGCAGGACUCGUUUGCAAGAGGAAACUGAAAAGCCACGAACGGUCACGACAGUAUGUCGUCCUCUCCACGCUGCUCUUAGCCUCCCUCUAUCGUUCCCUCUGUCCUCUCUGUACACAAACAGAGACUCCUUGGAAUCUCAGCUACCGUCGUCACCAGAAUGUCCCGGCAUUCAGGGCCCAGACUCCUGCCAGCCUCAGAGGAGAACAUCACAGGGUUCCCUGAAAGAGAAAUCCAUCCGGAGAAAGAUGCAGGUUUAUUCCCCAGACAGUCCGAGUGAUGAAUCGCUCAGCAGCCCAGUCCUGGAAGCAGACUACAUCUUUCCUGGACCUUUUGCAUCUUUCUUAGAGGAAGACCUCAGCGGAAUAUCUUCACUAGAGACCAUUUCAAGUCCCUCAUCCACAGACGGUGCUACGGAUCUCUCAAACACCAGUCACGAUGAUAUUUUUAAUCUACCCGAAGAACCGUUGCAGAUAAUAGAGGACUCAAUGCCAUGUGUAGGAGAGGUGAGCGGCAGCAUGGACACAUCGAUCGCCGCGGGUGGAGGGAGCUCUUUGUCACGCACCCGCCAAGGCGACCAGGAACGGCGGCGCUUCUCAGCUUCAGAGAUAAUAUCGAGGCUUCAGCUAUCGCAAAGGAAGAACUCCUUCACCUUGAAGCUGGGGAAGUCGCUCUCUGCUCGGGUAGCCUCCAGGGACAGACAGAGCUCCAGCAACCUCAACCCCAACACCGACUGUAAGUCAAACUCAAAGCAGCGGAGCUCAGGAGGCUCCAGUGACAGCGCUCCCCAGAGUCCCGUGGGACCGGCACCUUCCUUUCCCAGCGGUGACAAUGGGAUGCCUUUGCAACGCUGGAGCGCCAAGCUCGGAAUGCGUAAGAAAUCCAUAGAGGAGGACCUGAACACACACCCAUCUGUUCCUAGUUCAAAUCGACUGUCGCGGUUUUUACCCAGCUCGAUUCUGUACCAGGAAUACAGCGACGUCGCCAUCAAUAGAGAGAUCCAGAGGCAGCAAGGGAAGGAGCCGGGCACAGAGGAGGAGGGGCUCAGGGAGGAGGGCUCCGAUGGGAUCCCGUCUCCAUCGAAUCUGUCCCCAUCCAGCUCCUUUCGCUCAUCACGAGGCUCUGCUUUUGCGCUGUGGCAGGAUAUACCUGACGUUCGAAGCAGCGGGCAGCUCGACAACUUCAGCAAUGAAGAAAGGAAAUUACAGGAGGCAAAGUUUGAGCUGGUGACGUCCGAGGCGUCGUACAUUCGCAGCCUGACAAUCGCAGUGGACCACUUCAUGCUAUCACCGGAGCUCGCAGAGUGCCUCGGGGCUCAGGAAAAGCAGUGGCUCUUCUCCAAGCUGCCCGAAGUCAAAGAUGUCAGUGAGAGAUUUCUUCAGGAUCUGGAGCACAGGCUGGAAGAAGACAUUCUCCGUUUCGAUGUGUGCGACAUCGUCCUGGACCACUGCCCGUCUCUGCGAAGGGUUUAUUUACCCUAUGUCACCAACCAGGCUUACCAGGAGCAGACAUACCAGCGUUUGCUGCACGAAAACCCUCGUUUCCCUGGCAUCCUGGCUCGCUUGGAGGAGGACCCCAUCUGCCAAAGACUUCCUCUGACCUCUUUCCUAAUCCUCCCGUUUCAGAGGAUCACGCGGCUUAAAAUGCUGGUGGAGAAUAUCUUAAAGAGGACAACACCAGGUUCCCGAGAUGAGGACACCGCCACCAAAGCUUUCAAUGAGCUAAAAAAGAUCAUCAAAGAAUGUAACUCCAGUGUGCAGUCGAUGAAAAGGAUGGAGGAACUCAUCCAUCUCAACAAGAAAAUCCACUUUGAGGGCAAGAUCUUUCCUCUUAUUUCCCAGUCACGUUGGCUGGUAAAGCACGGCGAACUCCUGGAAGUAGACACUCAGACAAUGAGCAUCUCCGGAUCAAAGCUCAAGUUACCCACCAAGCCAGUGUACCUCCACCUGUUCAAUGACUGCCUGCUGCUGUCCAGGAGGAAGGAUACAUGGAAGUUUAUGGUGUUUGUACACGCUAAAAUCGGAGAGUUGAAAGUGAAGGAUCUCAGUCAGAAGCUGCAGGGCAUCUCAGGCUUCAUCUUCCACCUACAGCUGUGUGAAGGCCAGCAGCUCAAACAUCAGAUUCUGCUCAAAUCACACACCGAGAGCGGGAAGCAGAGAUGGAUCACCGCCAUGUUUCCGUCUGACCCGCUCGUAGACAUCGAGCAAGCCAAUGAAAAUGAUGAUAUAUCGCAAGUUCAGUGCAUCAAAAGCUACCAGGCUCAAGAGCACGAUGAGUUAACACUGGAAAAAGCUGACAUUCUUCACGCCAAGACAAUUACAAGUGAUGGCUGGGUGGAAGGCAUCAGGCUGUCAGACGGGGAGCGGGGCUGGUUCCCCAAAUGCUACGUGGAGGAAAUCACAAGUCGCAGCGCGCGCCUCCGCAACCUCAGAGAAAAUAUCCGCAUCAAAUGUGUCACACAGAAACUGAAGGGAGAGCACUAACUCUUUUUAACUUGCAACUUGUCAUGUGUUAAAGUUGCAUUUUGAAGCUUGUGGAUGAUUGUUUUCUUUUUUAGAUGGACGUGGGACCUCCGUAAAGUAUGCAGGUGCUAAAACAAGCCAACGUGUUUUGAUUGUUAUCCCCAUGGUUGACAUUAGCAGUUUCCUUUGGCACACUAGCUCCAGAAAGAGAGUGCAAAGCUUCUAAUGCUCAUUUUCCAUUUGUAGUUUAGAUUUUCCACACGUAAGACUGUAAACUACACAGGGGGAUUACUUUAUGCAUGAUUGGGUACCAUUUUUACAGGCUGGAAAGAAUGAAGAAUGUGGUUUAAAUAUGUGCACGUUUAUCACCAGAGGUAGUAAAUGUAAGCAUCACUAAGCAAGUCUGUCACUGUUUUUCUGUCAUGGCUCAUGUGGGGCACAAUCUUACUUUGGGCUGUCUCCUGGCCUCUGUGGGGUGCUGCAGGUUCACUCUUCUAAUAAUCAGAAAUGUGCUUGAUGUGGGUGCUGCUUCUGAGAUGCCUCAGGACACACCACAGGCAGUUUUUUUUCACAUUCAUAUCUUCACGUGAUAUACGAUUUUUUUUACCAGUGCAACAGUGCAUUAUUUCCAUCUACACCCUAAAGUGAUAAGAAUUUGGUAAAACAUGCUUACCUCUUUACUAGAGGAUGAUACCUUUUUAUAUGGAUAUGAUCUGCAGUACCAGUGCUGUGAUGAAGUGCCUUCAGGACGUUCCUCUGUGCCAUAGACUUCCACUUUUGUUCAGAAUCCACUGGUGAAAUCUCUAAUUUCUCAGUUGCACCAUGACUGGUGUACAACAACAUAACAUUGAAACAUCUACUCCUGUUUUAGUAACAUCUGCAUGAAGUCAAAGCCGCAGCGAGCAGCUGUUGACCUAUAAAACCAGGAACUGAAAAACCUACCAGUUUCACCUUGUUGGGCAUUUACAUUAACCAUCCAUGUGGUAAAUGUGGACGUUUAGCGUUACAUGUAAUCAUUUUAAAAACUUUUUUGACCCAAAUUAGCAAUAUAAUUGAUUAUACCAUUAUACUAGAAAUACUGAAAAAAUACUGCUUGCAUACACUAAGCACUAACUUGCAUAUAGGUCUCCAUCCUUCAAAUUAUUUUGUGUAAAAAUUCACAAGUGACCAAUAGCACAGUGUGACUGAGCUGAAAGCUGUUGUUAAUGAACCACUAUAAUUAAGAUUCCAGUGUAAAUUCAUCCAGCGGCACAUGAAAUGUUUGUAACCCAGCUUAUUUCUGUAUCUGACUUCUUAGUUUUAAUUUAAACUGUUGCGGUUGCAGCAUGUGUAUUUAUAGUUACUCCUCUAGCUGGUUCCUCUCUAAGGAGAUUCUGAUGUAAAUGUGUUUUCCGAUAAAAUGGCUUUGUGUAUAAAGAGCAAAACGUUAUGACUGUAAUUUAUAUGAACUAAGAUUUGACAGAUACUAUUGUAUAAAUAUGACAUUUGGAGUCGGUUUAAUUCCCAACGCCACGGUAAUUACAAGCGCUGUCAGACACUGGACGUUUUCUGGAUUUCUGCACAUUACUGUAAAUGUUUAGUCUCUGAAAUAAA